GGAGUCGUAAUUUUUACUUAUAUAUGGGCGAAUGUUUGCCCGAUAAAAGUCUGUGGCUGUAUGGAAACAACUUGCCGCUGCUUCCGCGAAGACAUGGAUCCAGCUCCAAGUUGAAAUUAAUGGAACGCUACGAGCGUCUAGGCAAAUUGGGUGAAGGGAGUUAUGGUAUGGUUUUUAAGUGUCGAAAUCGAGAGAAUGGUCACAUAGUAGCCAUAAAAAAAUUUGUCGAAUCCGAGGACGAUCCGUUGAUUCGAAAAAUUGCUCUACGUGAAAUACGCAUGCUGAAGACGCUGAAACAUCCAAAUCUGGUGAACUUGCUCGAGGUGUUCCGGCGCAAACGAAAACUUCAUUUGGUGUUUGAGUUUUGUGAGCACACAGUACUCCACGAGCUCGAAAGACAUCCGUAUGGCUGUCCAGAAAUAUUUACCAAGCAAAUCAUUUGGCAGACAUUACAAGCCGUUGCGUACUGCCAUCGACACAAUUGCAUACACAGAGACAUAAAACCGGAAAAUAUAUUACUCACUUCCCAAGGGGUGGUAAAACUUUGCGACUUUGGAUUUGCGAGACUCAUGAAUCCAGGAGAAAAUUAUACUGACUAUGUGGCUACUAGAUGGUAUAGAUCUCCUGAAUUAUUAGUCGGUGAUACAUUAUAUGGUCCUUCCGUUGAUGUUUGGGCAAUCGGUUGCGUGGGCGCGGAGCUCAUUAGAGGAGAAGCUCUGUGGCCGGGAAAAUCCGAUGUUGACCAAUUGUACUUAAUAAGAUCUACGUUAGGUGACUUAAUAGCUAGACACAUGCACAUUUUCAAAAUGAACGAAUUUUUUCGAGGUAUGAGUUUACCACAGCCAGAAGUCAUCGAACCACUGGAAAAAAAACUACCCAAACAAACAUUAUCUAUUCCACAUUUGUUGGACUUUUUAAAGAUGUGCCUAGAAAAAGACCCAUUGAGACGAUGGACAUGUGACCAACUGUUACGACACCCUUUUUUCGAUAACUUCUCGUUCAAGUACCCGGAAGGAGACUUAUACGAGUUUGAAAAACUUAAGACAUUUCGAGAAAAAUCAAAGGUAAGCAUAAUAAUACAUAAUCUUACCCUCAUUCUUAUAGUUACUGUAAAAAAAAAACUAGAUAAAAUAACGAUUAUAGACUAA